GAUUUCCGAAACUGAUUGAACGAUCUUAUAUACAAGCCAACCCUAUAUCUCGUGUGAACUUCACCAGUUAAUGCUAUCAACUAGUCAAAAUGUUCACCCUAAGUACUAUACCUUACGCUACUUACCUCUAUGCCCUUGGCAAUACCCCUGCCGUCAGCCUUACCAGGGGUUUUCCUCAAGGCUUAGACGCUGAUAUUCUUCUCCUGGGAUGCGGAGAUGUCCGCAACAUUCUAUUCACGGUAUAUAGUGAACAAGGAUUCCCACCUAGAAAGCUCGAUAUCACAUGCUGCGAUAGUGAGACUGCUGUAAUAGCGCGCAACGUUCUGCUAUUUACCCUCCUCCUUGACGGAGCCAGUGCAGAUGUCGCUUGGGAUGUUUAUUUCCACAUGCGUAUCAACGAGGAAUCGAAAGCGCUCAUCACAGAUCAGGCACAGAAAAUAGUGUCUCUAUCAAACAGCAUUGAACAAUGGAGUAGGGGGCGCUACGGGUCGAUGCUGACAUUCUGUGACGCAAAUUCGCUGCAACAAAUCAGGCAGGUCUGGAUCAAGUAUGCCUCACUGCAGUCGAAGAAUGAGAUUAGCUUUAAAGAAGACCUAGAGCGUACUCGAAAGCUCGGCAAACAGGUGUUUGGUAUGUCGGAUGGGGAGCCUGAUAUUAUCCUGACUGGCCUUAGGUCUGCAGCUCCAUUAUCACUCAAAUCCGUGACGGAUAUUCCUAAAGCUAGAGAACGCUUCUGGGAGCAUGGUACCUUUGCGGAACAUGCGACUAUUCCGAACCCGAUGUUCUCGGCUACUCUAUCCACAAACACCCUUCUUCACUAUGGAACAGACCCCGUUUUGGGAUUCCAUCUCGCAGCUGCAAUUGCGACCCUGGCCCCAGCAUCACCACUACUCCCCGAGAAAGACGAUGACAUGGUGAUGAAUAUUAUCAGAACAGCGAAGACACAAUUUCACGCCUGGGUAGCAGCAUUCCAGAACAACCCCGAAAAGCUUAGUCUCAGGUUCACCAUAUCCGACGCCUUAUCAUUCAGCCACGCCUUGCAGGCCAUUUCAGCUUCGCAGAACAAGUCAACAAACCUAUUCCGGCGACAGCUCGACGUAGCAGCCAUUGAAUUUGACUCUAAGGUCUACAGUAAGGCUAGUUCAGCACCGACAAGAUUUGAUAUAAUUGAUACCUCAAAUCUAGCUGACCAUCUUGGCGCGCUAAAUAUACUGGUCGCGGCUGCGCCUCUAUUGAAACCAUUGGCGAGCUCUACCUUGUGGAUAGAGACGUUGAUUAAAACAGAGGCCACACGCAAACGGCAAUUUGAUACUCUUCUCCGUGGCCACACACCGACGAUAUCUCUGCUUCUUGGUCUAGCUCCAGUUGACCUCUGGACGAAUGCGACGUCCGUGUCUUGUGUGGACGAACUCAUGAUAAACCACAUGACCAUUUCGGAUCGAAAACAACAAGCACAUUCGCGAUUAGCUUGGAAACUGGACAGAUACUCCUCACAGCACCCCAGUGAGUAUGGGAUUCUAAAAGCUGAACCACAUGCGCUUGCCAAGGCCAUAUUCCAACUUUAUACUCAAUUGUUUGAGAAUGAAGAUCCUACACGUUUUGUGGCUAAGAAGCAGCUUAAUAGUGAAACAUAUUCCCUUUUUCAUAGAGGUAGUUUCGCUUCGUUCAUCAAGCAAGUUCAAGCAAAUACUUCUACGGAUUGGCCAUCCUUCUGGGAGGAAUUGUUACGAAUGAUAAGCCGAGAUGACCAGAACAAAAUAGCCCUACGAAAUCUUUACCACCAGGAACUGGGUACUCAGUUACAUCUACAGGGUCUAUAUACGGAGCAAUGGCUAAGGGAUGAGGUAAGCCCAAAGCCCAGCCUAGGCGGUUUCAAUGCCUGGAAGAGCAUACCUGCAGUGGUGUGCAUGACAAUUGUAGUACCAAGGAAACACAUCGAUCACUUGUACAGCAGCGAUAUGAGCAAGAUUAAUGCUCCAACACUCGAAGGCAUUCUCAAAUCGAGCGAUCCGUUCGGCUGGCAGAAUCUAUUUGCGAACGUACAUGUCGCAUUUGGACAAGUCGAAACGUCUGGGGUUCGCGAGGCCGAUGAGUUUUCGAUAGCCGUUCUUCAGGACCCCCUUGGCUGGCAAGGGAACUCCCCUUUGGUAGCUUCGUUCUAUGUCCCGUCUGCUGCUCUGCAAGUUGAACCAAGAGAUGCUAAGGUUGGGCUUAGCGUUCAGAAUACAGCCAUGAGCCUCUCAAUUUUCAAGCACCUCAUGCCUUCUAUGGUCGUAUACAUGACGGCGAUAAGCGAUAUAUCCAACGUAUUUAUCACCAAAUACGAGCCAGGGAUGUCUGGAUAUCCUUACGCGAAUAUUCAAGGGGGCUCUGUGGCGGGAAGCCGCAACACUCAAGCCAACGCCCACGCCCCUACACAAAUCACGGCCAAUUUUGAAGAUGGCGAGAUCAAAGCAAUAUGUGGCCGUAUUGAUUUUUCAACAUCACAACGUGGCCGGAAGCUCUUAGCAGAACGGGUUCCGAUAGAGUUGCGACAAUCAUCCCCAUUCUUAAUCGACGUCGUAUUCGGUAAGGAAGCUCUAGUCUGUCCUGUCUCAUUCCCCGUUCCGGUUCUACAGGAAGCUGCGAAAACUCGUAUUGCACGCACAUCGGGCUAUAUUGAAGUCAUCGCACCCCUGGCAGAUGCUCUUAGUCCAGGCCCAUUAUCAUCGUUUAUCUAUCCUAUAACACUUGGGGAGCGUUCUGUACCUGUACUGCAAAACGGGCAUGUUAAUUUGGACUCGUUGCCCAUCCUCGACAUGGAAUCAUCCCAUAAAAAGGAGAAUGCUUGGCUAACCACACUGACUUCGUUUCAAUUCUCUGCCCGCGAGCGAAAGUUACGAGACUCGGCCGAGCCUCCUUCGCUGCGCAUGAAUUUCAAAGAAUCAAUAUUCUCCAUGUUCAUGCUUUCGUCUGGGCUUCAAGGGGGGCAAACCGGACUUUUCGCCUUGCAGCAUCCGGAAAGUGGCAACCAAAUGAUGAUAUUCGUUCGUUCUAUACGUCUCAAUGGCGCUGAAGGAUCCGUUGUAGCAGACGCCGCUGUGAUCCCAUUUACUCUUCAGAUGAUCCAAUCCGGAGAAGUCGAGUCAUUUUUGUACAUACUACGAGAACUACAGAUCUGCUCUCUCACGGUAAAUGACGAAGAGCUCGUUCUCUGGAAGCAGGUCCUUCCUGCUCUUGCCGAAAGGUGUCGCACGUGGAAUCACGGCCGCAAGUGCGAAUAUAAGAGAUCUAAAGCGACGAUACCACUAAGCACGAAGAUGGGAGAACAGUUCAUGUGUACUUGCGGCAGGGGAAAACUACCUCCCGGAUUUAUGAACCUGCCGGACUGGGAUGAGAUCGCAUCUAAAUACGCGGUGCGAAUAGCCAUCAGCCCAAUGUUCUCCGUGCCAUUCGUUGAGGAUGUCGUGGACUGGGACCUACUAAAGACACAGAACUGCCCCGACUUUAAUCGCACUAAUAGAUGUCGUAAUUGCAACGCGACAAAUAACAAGAAGGGAGGAGACCUGUUCAAGUGCUCGAGAUGCAAAGAGGUCAUGUACUGCUCAUCGGAAUGUCAGAAAAAGGAUUGGAAAAAGCAUAGAAUGGAGUGCAAACCGCAAGAUGCGGCGUAGGUAUUACGAAAUAUGAACAUCUGAGGAGCGAUGGCUAGGAGGCUCAGGGGAAAAGUUGGUAUGUUUUUAACGGAUUUAUGGCGUUUAUCCUGUGUCGAAUCUCGCUACAUGUUGCUAUGCUAUGCAUCUGUGGCCUUAC